AUGAGCCCCCUCCUGGAAAAGCCAAGCCAAUACGGUAGCGAUGCAUUGGAGGGCAAUGGUGGCUCUCCCUCACAAUCGUCUGAGCUUGAAUCUAUGCUCCACGUGGCAGACGCCUUGCCACCUCGAGUCUGGUCAGCAGCAAUCAUCGCCGUCUUCAACGCUAAUUACCUGCAACAUGGUCCUUCCGAUUUGAUACCCGGGGCCCUUGCUCUCGGAGAAUUACGCGCAACUACGGUCAACCUGGCGUUCACAGUAUUGGUCAACAUCCUGCCGUUGCCGAUAUCAGUCUUCGUGGAUAGUCGCUUGGGCCAGUAUCUGGCCUUGCAGAUUUUCUUUGUGUAUUAUAUAAUCUAUGCUCUCGGAACAGCAACUCCUUUCAUUACCUCACUGCCAUUCAUGAUACACAAUGGGGCUGCAGGUUCGGGAUUCGCCGUGGGAGCUGCGCUGAUUGCCAUCGGGCUUAGAGGCACUCGGCCGAAUGGCCAACGGGUGGUUGUAGACCGGGAUCUCACCAUACAGUACAUCUACAGUGUUUACUAUUGGAUGACCAAUCUCGGAGCCUCGAGCUAUCUCCUGGUCCUCUGCUCCGUGCUGGUCUGCCUCGUCAUCGUGCAGGCAGCAGGACGAACCUUCGUCCGCCCUGCACCAGAGAGUUCCAUUCUACCCAAAGCAGCCAGGUGUCUCUGGUAUGCGUGCCUCGGUGGUUUUACCCUUGAAGCCUGCGAUCCUCAAGUCCAACUUGCCAAGCAUAAUCAUGUUGUCCCAUGGGACGAAGACAUAGGCCGGCCCAUCUUCUGGCUCUGCAUGGCCCAAGCCUCCCAGCAAAGCAUCUCCCAAGCUGGCACAAUGCAGAGCCACGGCAUCCCCAAUGACGUUGUCAAAGUCUUCAACCCGGCAGCAUACAUCCUGUUCGGUAUUCUCGUCCACAAAUUUCUAUACCCUUUCCUGCCACGCCACAGAGUCUCGUUCAGUGUUAACCGCAUCACCCUCGGAUUCCUUACAAUGUCGCUAGCCAUGACCUAUUUUGCCGUCCUCCAAGCUGUGAUCUAUCACACGGGGCCCUGUUACGACCACCCACUGGCUUGCACCGCCUCAGAUGGUGAGCUCGGCAAGGCCCCAAACCGCAUUCAUAUCCUGAUCCAGCUCCCGACCUACAUCAUCAUCGCCCUAGCGGAGGUAUUCUGCUGGCCGACGGGUGCAGAGUACCUCUACACCCGUUCGCCAAAGAGCAUGAAGUCGGUAAUGCAGGCGUGGUAUGUCGGGAAAUUGGCGCUUGGCUACGCGCUGGGAAUGGCACUGUCGCCCUUGACGAGAGAUCCGUACCUUGUUGUGCUCUGGUCGUUAGCGGCCGGACUGGUGUUCGGGUGUGCUUGUGUCUUUUGGCUUGCUUUUCGCCGACUGGUGUAG